ACAGUGCUUCGACCUUCCUAACUUUGUUCAGAUGUCCUAAUGUCAUUACUAUGCACAUAGCACACAUCAUGGCUAGUCAACAUACCCUCAUUGGAUUACUCCUAUUUCUAUCGGUGGAUUGGACUUUAUCUGUCAUUCCAGAGAAUGAGAAGCACCCCAGCUACUGGAACAACAAGGGGAAGCAGGCCCUCCACAAAGCUCUGGAUAUGAAGCCAAAUGUCCGCCGGGCUAAGAACUCCAUUCUGUUCCUGGGAGAUGGUAUGGGCAUCCCCACAGUGACUGCAGCGAGGAUCCUCAAAGGGCAGAUGAAUGGAGGGAACGGAGAGGAGUUUAGUCUGGCAAUGGACACCUUCCCACAUUUAGCCCUGUCUAAGACGUACAACGUGGACCAGCAGAUGCCUGAUAGUGCCGGCACGGCCACGGCCUACCUGUGUGGUGUGAAGGCCAACUAUGGAACUCUGGGUCUCAGUGCCUCAGCUCUCCGCUACAACUGCAACAGCACCUUCGGAAACGAGGUGGAAUCUGUCCUUCACCGCGCCAAGAUGGCAGGGAAGUCGGUGGGCAUCGUCUCUACUGCCCGUGUGCAACACGCCUCUCCUGGAGCCGCCUACUCUCACACAGCCAACCGAGGCUGGUAUGCCGACUCUGACAUGAACGUCGCAGACAUCGCAGCAGGAUGCCGUGACAUCGCCUACCAGCUGGUCCACAACACUGACAUCAAUGUCAUUCUUGGUGGAGGACGAAAAUAUAUGUUUUCCAAUGAGACACAGGACCCAGAGUACCCAUCGUACAAAGGAGUCCGUAACGACAAGUUUGACCUCACCGCAGUGUGGCUUAAUAACAAACAGAAUGCAAAGUAUGUGUGGAACAAAGAUGAAUUUGACAAAGUGAAUCCGGAAAAAACAGACUAUCUGAUGGGUCUGUUUGAGCCAAGUGACUGCCGCUAUGAGCUAGAGCGUGACCAUACCUUGGACCCUUCCCUCACUGAGAUGGUGGACAAAGCCAUCAAGAUCCUCCGCAGGAACCCCAAAGGCUUCUACCUCUUUGUGGAAGGGGGGAGAAUUGAUCACGGUCACCAUAGCAGCGGGGCCAAAUUUGCCCUGACGGAGGCGGUGGAGUUUGACAAUGCCAUCGAGCGGGCGGCAGAACUGACCAGUGAGCUGGACACUCUGUCUGUGGUCACUGCUGACCACUCCCACGUCUUCUCCUUUGGAGGGUACUCCAACAGAGGGAACCCCGUCUUAGGUCUGUCCCGUAACUUGGCUGACGAUAAAAAGAGCUUUACCACCACACUCUAUGGAAAUGGACCAGGAUACAAGUUAGUCAAUGGAUCUCGUGCAGAUGUGAACACAACGGAAGCAGAUCACAAAGAUUACAAGCAGCAGUCAGCUGUACCUCUGGACUCCGAGACCCACGGCUCAGAGGACGUGGCCAUCUUUGCCAAGGGCCCAAUGGCCCACCUCUUCCACGGGGUCCAGGAGCAGAGCUACAUUGCCCACGUCAUGGCCUACGCAGCCUGCAUUGAGCCCUACACAGAAUGCUUCAUCCCAGACCUAGAGCCAGAGCCUGGCCACACAGGAGCCACCAACCCCAGCCUCAUAGUGCUGCUGAUGGGCCUCAUACCUGCCCUCGUCUCUCUCUUCACUGUCUGAUGGGCCUCAUACCUGCCCUCCUCUCCCUCUGAUGGGCCUCAUACCUGUCCUCCUCUACCUCUUCUCUGUCUGAUGGGCCUCAUACCUGCCCUCCUCUUCUCUGUCUGAUGGGCCUCAUACCUGCCCUCCUCUGUCUGAUGGGCCUCAUACCUGCCCUCCUCUCCACUGUCUGAUGGACCUCAUACAUGCCCUCCUCUCCAUUAUAUCUGUCUGAUUAGGAAACAUGUGGAGAACCAGCUAUGAUUAAUCUACUGAGAUUUAUCAGAUAUUCCACCACACAGACAUUUUACAUUUGAGUCAUUUAGCAGAUACUCUUACAGUAGUGAGUGCAUCCAUUUUUGUACUGGGGAGUCGAACCCACAACCCUGCCGUUGCAAGCUCCAUGCUCUACCAACUGAGCUGCGCUCUACCAACUGACCUACACGGGACCAAUAGCUACACCCGGAUAGCUCUUCUGUCCUGCAAUAUUGAUAUACCUUAUUUGUUGGCAUUGCUAAUGUUCAAUCAAGAUAUGGGUAAUCAUGUUCAACCCAUGUUUGUUUGUUAUUAAGGUAUGGAUAGUAAUGUUUGCUAUUGAGGUAUGGGUAGUUAUGUUUGCUAUUUAGGAAAGGGAAAGGGUAUGGAUAGUAAUGUUUAUUUAGGAAAGGGGUAUGGAUAGUAAUGGCGUUGUGUAAACUGAGCUGAUCUACAGUAUAACCACCAUUGACACUCCAUAAAUAUCCAAAUGUACUUGCAAUUAGUCUAAUUCAUUUCAAAUAAAAUUACAUUUUUGGUAGGAAA